AUUAUUUGUUGACGUUGUGCUUAUGGGCUGUAAUAGGUACUCUGUUGUUGAACAGUUGAAGAACUUUAAAGUUGCUGAUUAGUUUCAAAUUUCAAUUAAUCGAAAUUUUGGUUUUAAACAAUCUUUUCCUUCAUUAUAUUAAAAAAAUGACGAAAAUAACCGGCGAAAACAACCAAGAUUUGGAAAUGUCUGUGGCUGAAGCUAAUGACGUCGAAGGGGAAUUGAGUUAUGAAGAACGAUUGGCCAGGUGUACAGAAAUUGCGAAGCCUAUGAGUUCCAAAAAAACGUUGGGUAGAAUCAGGAAAUUGAUAAAGAAAGCCUCCAAAGAUGUGAAGGGAAAUUUAGCUUAUGGCACUAAAUCUGUCCAGUCAGCUCUACGGAAAGAUGUCAAGGGGAUUGUUUUAAUUGAUGGUUCACUGCGGCCAAUAGACACAUUGUGCCAUUUACCUGGAGUAUGCGAGGAGAAGAACAUCCCCUACAUCUACGUGACAUGCAACACAGACCUCGCUGGAGGCAAGAUCUCACGCAGCCACGUCAUGCUCAUCAAACCCAACCCUGACUACCAGGAGGCCUAUGAUAAGGUCCUCGAAGACAUCAAAACCACACCUCUCGACUAUUAAGAUAGCAAUAAAGUUA